CAGUUAUUGGUUUAUUGAUUUAUUCAUUCAUUCAUCUAUUCAUCUCUCAUCUCUCCGCCCUACCCUUGCUCCCAGUUAUACUUGGUUCCUCUCUAAUUCUCUUCUCUUGUCAUUUACUCCUUCUAUGUUUAGUGUUGUUUGUUAUCUCUUGUCUUCAUUACGGAUACAACAUCACUCAUCGCACGACCUUCAUAUUGGCAUGGACACAGCCCGUGCUCUGUCACUGCUCGCCAUCCACCUCCGCUUCACUCCAUAAUACUAAUCGCCCCUAACCACUGGUGCAAGGCAUGUCCCAGAUAGCCUUUUCCAACCUCGGAUCGAGGUCGGACAGUUACCAUGCACCACCCCGGGAUUCUCUAGAGCUCGCCUCGCUAGCGUCAUCGCCAGAUUCCGGUCCUCGAUCUUCCUGCUCCUCCUCUCCCUCGGGCAUUUCCUCUUCGCGCAAGCUCUCUCUAGACGAAGAAGACCCCUUAUCCAGUACUCAGCUCCCCGCGCAAUCUUCCUCCAGUCGACCUCGAUCCGCGCGCUCAUACUCAGUCUCCUCCGCUUUCGAUUUUGGGGCGACGCUCUUUCCCUUAUCGCAGACUACGGGCGGGUAUGCCCCCUUGGGAGCCCCGUCCGCCUUGGACGGAGAGGCUGGCCUCGCUGACGGAUCGUUGGAGCGCAACAAGACCUUGACCUACUUGAAUGGUCUGUCCCUCGUGGUUGGACUGGUCAUUGGCUCCGGAAUCUUCUCCUCUCCUAGCCAGGUCAAUGUCAAUGCGGGUUCGCCAGGCGCGUCACUCAUUGCGUGGGUAGUUGCUGGGUUGCUGGCAUGGACCGGAGCAGCCAGCUAUGCAGAGCUGGGCGGAGCUAUCCCGCUGAAUGGAGGUUCUCAGGUAUAUCUCGCAAAAAUCUUCGGGGAAUUAGCGGGUUUUCUGUUCACCUGGUGUGCUGUUCUCGUGUUGAAGCCCGGCAGCGCUGCCAUCAUCGCCAUCAUCUUCGGAGAGUAUGUCGUGCGCGCUGUAGUGGGAGCCGAGGUUGAAACCAUCAACCCAUGGAUAAAUAAGGCUGUUGCCUUUGGUGGACUCCUUGUCGUGACUCUGCUUAAUUGCAUAUCUACACGGGUAGCCGCGCGCAUUGGAGACUUGUUCAUGUUCUUCAAGUUCGUUGCAUUGCUGGCUGUCACAAUUAUCGGCAUAGUGGUAGCUAUCACAGGUCUCUCUUCAACUGGAAGUGCCAACAAGGAGUGGAAGACUGGCUGGUUCGAGGGUACGAAUAUCGACGUUUCCGCAUGGGCGCUGGCUCUGUACGCGGGGCUUUGGGCAUUCGAUGGCUGGGACAACACCAACUAUGUUACCGGGGAAUUCAAAAACCCGAACCGCGACCUGCCACGGGUGAUUCACACGGCCAUGCCGUUAGUCAUUCUAUCUUACAUUCUUGCCAACGUCGCCUACAUCCUCGUUCUACCCCAAGCGACCAUUGAAGCGAGCAAUACCAUCGCGGUGCAGUUCGGCGACAAAGUCUUCGGUCAUGUGGGUGCUCUCAUCUUCGCACUGAUUGUGUCCGCAAGUUGUUUCGGUGCCCUAAACGCCACGACCUUCACCAGUGGUCGAUUGGUCUACGCGGCCGGAAAAGAAGGUUAUCUACCCGAAGUCUUUGGUACUUUGUGGACACGCGACAUUUCCUCCUCCAACCGCCUCCAACACCGGUCUUGGUUGAGCAAGUCGCUUUCCCGGCUGUGCGGCGCCGGCACGCAGAUCGGGUUCACCCCCAUAAAUGCGAUGGGCCUCAAUAGCGCUCUCACUGUGGUUUAUAUCGUUGUCGGCGAGUUCAAGACGCUCGUCACAUUCUACGGAGUUGCCGGCUACACAUUCUAUUUUCUCACCGUGUUAGGCUUGAUCGUGCUCCGGGUGCGCGAGCCGUACUUGCAACGGCCUUACAAGACCUGGAUUUCGACUCCAAUCAUCUUCUGCUGUGUGAGUCUGUUUCUGCUCAGCCGCGCCGUCAUUGCAGAACCUUUGCAGACCUUGAUCGUGGUCGCUUUCAUAAUCGCCGGUGUUCCCGUCUACUACUGGCGUAUUUACAAACGUGACGGACACAAGGCGCUGCCCAGCUGGAAAUUCUGGCAGCGAAAUUCUCGAAAUCUACAACCAUGGGAACAGAUCGUCGCUAAAAAGCGUUCUCUGCGAGAUCAACAGAUAAAACCCUACAUCGUCGCUGAUAUUGAUCAACGAAUUCCGCGGGUGUACAAUGUUCAUGAGCGCACCUGCCUGCAUGAUGCAUCCGGCUUUGAGGAGAUUACAGACAUUGAUAGUGCUCCUCAGCUUCUCGAACAAUUGAAGUCCGGAAGAAUCACUGUGGAGCAGACCACCCUAGCCUACAUCAAAAGAGCUGUGGUGGCACAUCAAUUGACAAACUGCUUUACGGAGGUUACCUUCGAGGAAGCCUUGGCACAAGCUAGGCAUUUGGAUUGCGAGUUUCAACUGACUGGCAAAGUCAAAGGUCCCCUGCAUGGUAUUCCGGUCACGCUGAAGGAUCAGUUCAACAUCAAAGGGAUCGAUAGUACACUGGGCUACGUGGGCCGUUCUUUUGCGCCCGCUGCGCAAGAUGCAAUCCUGGUUCAGUUACUGAAGAGCAUGGGUGCUGUUGUAUUGGCCAAGACGAACUUACCGCAGAGCAUCAUGUGGGCUGAGACGGAAAAUCCCCUCUGGGGCCUAACGACCAAUCCGCGGGACCCUGCACUUACGCCGGGCGGCUCAACGGGAGGAGAAGCUGCGCUUCUGGCACUGCGCGGUUCUCUCAUAGGGUUUGGAACAGACAUCGGUGGCAGCAUCAGAAUCCCGCAGAGUCUUAUGGGACUGUAUGGCUUGAAACCCAGUAGUGGCAGACUUCCGUACCACGGAGUUCCCGUUUCAACUGAAGGACAGGAGCACGUUCCGUCAUCUGCUGGUCCCAUGGGAAGGGACCUAUCGUCACUCUGCUAUGUAAGUCGAGCGUUAAUCGAUGCUAAGCCAUGGCUGUUUGAUCCAAAAUGCCCACCGCUGCCUUGGAAUGAGAACGCUUUCCGAGAAAUCCAAAGUCGACCUAUGACUAUUGGCCUGAUUGUGGAUGAUGGAGUCGUGAGGGUCCACCCGCCCAUCGCACGGGCUCUCCGUGAGCUUUCUACCACGUUAAAGGCGCACGGCCACGACAUAGUGACCUGGGACACGUCGGACCAUCUGGAGUGUAUCCGCCUCAUGGACUUGUUCUACACUGUUGAUGGAGGUGAAGACGUUCGUCGCGAUGUCAGCGCGGCGGGAGAGCCCUAUAUUCCCCACGUCGAAGCGCUCGUCAGCCGCGGCAAGGCCGUCUCCGUCUAUGAGUAUUGGCAGCUUAACAAGAAAAAGGUUGCUCUACAAAAGCAGUAUCUCGACAAGUGGGACGCGACCCUCUCUCCCUCGGGAAAGCACGUUGACAUACUUCUCGCUCCAACAACACCUCAUCCAGCUAUUCCCCACCGGAGUAUGCGGUGGGUUGGGUACACAAAGAUCUGGAACUUCCUCGACUAUCCUGCCGUCACAUUCCCUGUAGAUCGAGUCAGGGCAGACCGGGAUGAGCUUCCAGCCGACUACCAGCCAAGGAAUGAGCUUGAUGCGUGGAAUUGGAAACUGUACGAUGCUAGGGCCAUGGACGGCCAUCCAGUCAAUCUCCAGGUGAUUGGCAGGAAACUGGAAGAGGAGGUGGUACUAGGCGCAGCGAGUGCCAUCGAAACCCUCUGGAAGAAAGCAUUUCCUAUCGGCGAAGGAGCAUGAUAAUCCAUACCAUGGUAUUCUGCAUACGUACAGUCAUUGUAAUCGCUGAAUAGUCUGAUCAACUGCCCCGUA